AUGGCGGCACCUACGAACACCCUUCUUGUUGAGGGCAGCUUCUCCGAACUUGCCGAGGAGUUGGCUCAGUACGUCGAUAACAUCCGCAAAACCCAGACUGACGGAUCUGUGGGCGCUGAAAUCAGCCCCGCACUCGAGAAACUACGGGAGCAGGAGCAGUCAGAGGAGGAACCUGAUCAAGCGCAGCAGCAACAGACUCUGAAGGAGAGAGAUGAAGUGUUGAAGAAGUUGGUGCCGACUUGUUCGGCGUUGAACAGUGCGCCUGAGAAAGAAAUCACUGCCGCCUACAAUCUCGUUAUUCACCUUAUCCGCCAGUCCUCCAACCCUCGAAUGUUCCUUCCCCGAGUCUGCAACUUUCUCUCUUCUCCAUUCCCCUCCGCCCCCCAAAAUGGUCCCUCCAUUGCCCUCUCUAUUCUCAGCACCGUAUUUAACACCCUCUCAACUACCGACGGUGGCAGAUACCAUGUCUUCCUCGGCAUCAUGGGCGUUCUCCGUAACUCCUCGUCCUCCUUGGCCUUUGAAGCCCUAAAAACCCAGCUUCAGACCCAGCUUUCUGGCUGGAUCUCUGCAUGGAAUCUUGACGAGGAAGAUUUGGAGAAGCUGCACCUUGCAGUGUCAGACGCAGCCAAGAACGCUGGAGAUGAUGAGAUGUCGUAUAACCAUUUAGUACUGGCACUACGUUCUGUUCCACCGUCGGAGGCGGCCUCCAGCGAAGCAAAGGAGCUGGCUGUGCGCGCGCUGAUUGCAGCUCUAACGUAUCCGUUCGUAUUUGAUUUUACACCAUUGACAUCCAGCGACGCCGUGCAGAGUCUGCGAUCGACAGAACCCGCAUUGUUCGAACUAUUGGAAGUGUUCUCUUCGGAUACGCUGGAUGCGUAUGAAGAGUUGAUUAAGUCUACGCCGCUUUCGUCCAUUCAUAACCUUGCCGAAUCUGCUGAGGGCCUACAGAACAAAAUGCGUGUUCUGACCCUGGCAAGCUUGGCCGCAUCGAGUUCCACUCGUUCUUUGCCAUAUGACUCUAUUGCGACCGCUCUUAGAAUUCCGCGCGAAGAUGUUGAGAAAUGGGUUAUCGAUACGAUCCGCGCUGGCCUUGUAGAGGGCAAGAUGAGCCAGCUGAAGGGAGAGUUCCUCGUUCACAGAGCUACUUAUCGCGUCUUCGGUGAAAGGCAAUGGGCAGAGGUCCAUGGCCGAUUGAUGGUUUGGCGACGAAGCUUGGAAAAUGUCCUUGGUGUCGUACGUGCGGAAAAAGAGAAAUUCAUCCGGGAAGGCAUUGCGGCAGCCAAUGCUCCGGCUGAGGGCGGUCGAGGAGAUGGUGCUAGAGGGGGCCAGGGAGACAGACGGAGAGGUGGCGGUGGACAUCAGGGACCCAGAGAGGUUGACCUGGUCAGCGCGGAUUAA